ACUAGAAACACCUCGCCCUCUAAAAGCCUUUGUAAUAGCUGUGAGGUUUACUAAAUGUCCGAGUAGCAACUGGAUUAAGCAUACAAUGGGGAGCUUCACCGUGAUAACAGCGUUGUUUUUCUGUAUUCACUGCUGGAUCUCUGUCUUAGGUUCUGGGUUUCAGACUGUGGAGGUCCAGCCCGGUGAAGAAGUGACACUGCAGUGCACCAACACCUCCAACCAUCAGACACAGGCAGACUGGUUUAAAGUGGUCAACCAAACUAAGCCCACUUGUGUCUCUUCUAUGUUUGGAUCUCAUGGCUCAGCAUCGUUCUGUGAUGGAUUUCAAAAUGGAAAAUUUAUUAUGAGUUCCAACAUCACCUUUGUCUUUCUUCAAAUCAAGCAAGUGAAUUUAUCUGAUGUUGGGCUGUAUUUCUGUGGAUUUUACACAAAUAAACACACAGUUAUUUCGGAUGCAGUACAGUUAAGAAUUCAAGGAAAUGGUGAACCCAAUGUUGAAGUGAAACUCAGUAAAGAAGAGUGUAAUGGAAAUACAAAAGCUGUCACUGUGAUGUUUAUCAGCAUGGCUCUUUUCUUCAUGAUGACUUCUGCUGCUUUGGCUAUUAAAGUCAGGCAGCUUCAUGCAGCCUCAAAGAAAGAGCUGCAUCUUGAAAGAAACAAAAUGGAGCACAUUUUUUGUUACUCAAAAGCUGUGUUACAGGAUGAGGGCUCUCUUCACCUGAACUCUGCAGCAUUGUGGUUUCUUGCCAAAACAAGAAGCAGAAGGCCUGCAAUAGAGAGAAAAGUGGAAACUCAUGUUGUUUAUUAUGUUGGCAGAUAAAGUGCGUUCUCUGUGUGUA